GAGAGAAAAAUACAGAAAGUAUUCCUAUUAUUCUUUCCGUUUUACAUGGUAUCAGAGCGGUGAAUCGGGACCUGCCGAUCACGCUCGCACGACAACGCCAUGGCUGGAGAAACCAGACACACCGGGGGAGACGGCAAUCGUGAACAUUUUGAACGAAGAAAGAUCAAUGACCCCUCGUCGCCCUACUUCCUCUCCAGUUCGGAUCACCCCGGGAUGGUGAUAUGCGCGGUUGUUCUUAGAGGGGAGAACAACUACCGGGAAUGGGCAACGACAAUGAAGAACGCGUUCCGCGCAAAACGGAAAAUGGGAUUUCUUGAUGGUUCGAUUGUUCGACCCCAGAAUUUACCAAGGGAUCUUGAAGAUUGGUUAACCGUCAAUUCCAUGACGGUAGGAUUGCUUAUGACCUCUGUGGAUCCGGCUUUGCGAACCAACUUGGCCUAUGAUAUGCACUAGUUUAUAGUGCAUAAAUGUAUGUUUUUAAUAGGACUAAAACUCAUCCAUUUUCCAAAAAUAAGAUCUUAAGUAGUUUAAACAUUCUUCAAUUGCAGUUGUUAUACUGUGGGAGCAGUCCAUGAUGAGCACGGUGCUACCGUAGCUAAAACAUGUGUGAACAGUAGCACACGUGAACAAUAUUUUUUUUUGUCUCAAUAGCAUGGUGAUCUAACUCGUGUGUAAAAAAUGUAAUUCACGUUGAUGUGCAAUGCAACUGUGGGCAAGUCAAAAUGUAACUUGUCUUAUACGAAGUAUAAGAAAUAAAACAUUGAUUUGAAUGUAAACAAUGAAAAAAGG